AACGGUCCAAAGUAGAAUUUUUAAACCAAUUAAAUAGAUUAAUAGUGAAUUAUAAGUUUUUAAAGUUAAAUAAGUGAAUGGUAAAGUGAAGACUGAAAAGGGAUCAACGGAUGGGACAAAAGUGAGUGAAGAGAUUGCUAUAUGUAUGCUAUAUAUAGUGAAUGAAAGUCUCAUUAAAAAUAACGCAGCAGUUUAGUGUACCAGUUGAGUUUAGAAAACCUUUACAAUACAAACAAACGGUUAGACAUAUCAAAUAUUCCUUUUGUCAAUUUGUUUAACUCACAAUAAUUUUCGUCUCAAUAUCAAAUAGAAAUAAUUCUGUGUCGUGAUACUAAGUUAAUAGUGGUUCAAAGAAUAUCUAUGUACUAAUAACUGUGGACAUCGUUAAUGUUUUAAAACUAGAUAUUGGUGUAAGUGAUAUAUUAUUAGAAAUAGAAGUAGACACUCCUAUAAAUAUUUUAGAAGAAUUUGGUGAUAUAAAUAUUGAUAACAUUGAAGACUUAAAAAAAGUGUAGCUGAAUCGCAAAGUGAAGGUGAAGGUAGUUUAGUAGAACAGUAAAGUGAAGAUACAACAAUGAAUGUAACAGUAAAGAGUGGUGCGCCGACGGUGGCCGUGGUCCCGGUGCCAGAGAGCGAAAUGGACGCACUCCUCCUGGGGAGGACAGCGGUGAGGACCUUUGAUCAGUACGUGCGCCAUGAGUUAGCAGCUUCGACUCCUACACAGCGCAACUGGCGGGGCAUCCUCAUCGCACUGCUGGUCAUAGCAGCGGUACUGGGUCUGAUAGUGUUCAGCAUAGCGCUGCUCACCCCCACGGGAGACGAUGGGAGGGGGAGGGGGAGACGGCCGACCCUCGCGGACGUUCUGGUCGACCAUUAUACGCCUUUCAAUGGGACUUGGCUGUCAGAUGAGGAACUGGUGUUCAGAGACAGAUGGGGCGGGCUAACGCUGUUCAACGUGAAGAACUUCACCGCCAGGCUGCUUAUGAACAACUCCACUUUUAGGGAGCUAAACGCAGUGGACUUCAAAGUGUCAGCUGACCUGAAGUUCGUGCUGCUAAUAUCCGACGUGAGGCCGGGCUGGAGGCAUGCGAGGCUAGCUAGAUAUCACGUGUACGAUGUGAUUACAAGAAAUCGUAUCCCCGUAUCCCCCAUAGAGGACGACAGGUCAGCCCCGCUCCUGCAGUACGCGGAGUGGGCGCCGGUGGGCUCGGGCCUGGUGUUCGUGCACGAUAACGAUAUAUAUUACAAGCCGAAAGUGCUGAAGGCACUGGUUUGCAGGAUUACUAGUAAUGGGGUGCCCGGCGUAAUCUUCAACGGGGUACCCGACUUCCUCUACGAGACCGAAGUCCUCCGUCUCGACCGUGCGCUCUGGUUCAGUGCUGACGGCCAGAGCCUCAUGUACGUGACGUACAACGACUCGCUAGUGCCCGAGUACAAGUACCCGUGGUACGGGUUCGACCAGCCCGAGCCACCGCCCUACCCGGUUAUACGGACUUUGAGAUAUCCACAGGUGAACACAAACAACCCAGUAGCAACAGUGUAUGUGGUGAGCUUGAAGACACCCAAAUUUCUGUUCCCACAUGCUAUACAGUUCUCUUCGCAAAUAGAUAAAGGUUGGUACGUCCGCUGGUCCAGUUGGAUCUCGGAGAAGCAGAUCGGCGUGCUGCUGCUGAACCGGCCGCAGAACGUCUCCAUCAUCAGCAUCUGUAGCGCCGUGCAUUAUAACUGUCAGGAUAUAUACCGCGACGAGACAGACGGCACGCGCUGGUCCGGUCUCGGCUCCGAGCCGUCCGACGAGGAGUGCGGCUGGUGCGGCGGCGGCGCGCUGCUCGGCGGCACCAGCGGCUCCACCGGCACCAGCGGCUCGAGCGGCACCAGCGGCUACAGCGGCACAAGCGGCACCGGCUACAGCGGCACUAUCGGCGUGUUCACCACCGCGCCGGUGACGGACCACGGCGGGCUGUGGAGACACGCCGUGCACUUGACGCAGGACACGCGGACCACGCUCACGCAGGGCAGCUUUGAGGUCACGCAGCUGGUGGGGUGGGAUGAGAGGAGGCGGUUCUUGUACGUGCUCGGUACAGCAGAAGAGCGCGCAGGCGACCGGCACCUGUACCGCGUGCUGGUGCCGCGCGACGGGUGGCCCGCCGCGCCCGCCUGCCUCACCUGCGGCCCGCCGACCCACCACCCGCCGUCCACCUACCCGCCGGAAUACGACAACGUGACGUCAUCAUUCCCAUCAUGGCCGACAUCGACGGUGUUGCCGCACGUGUCAGACGAGAACGACUCGCUGCCAACCGAGUGUCUGUACAAUCGAGUCUUGUUCAGCAAGAACUUCUCAUAUUACGUGCAGGAGUGUUUAGGGCCGGGCCCGCCGGCCACGUUCCUGUGCAGCGCGCUGGGGGCGGGCGGCGCGCGGCUCGCGGCGCUGCACGACGGCGCGCCGCUGCGCCGGCACGUCGCCGCGCUCGCCCAGCCCAUAGCCAAGGUGUUCCGCGUCGAGGUACAAGCGCACCGCGAGGCGCGCGUGCGGCUGCUGCUGCCGCCCGGCCUCAGAGAGACGGAUGACCUGCCGCUGCCGCUCGUCCUGCAUGUUUCCGCGGAGCCGGGCGGGCAGCUAGUGACGUCCCGCUGGCGCGCGGGCUGGGGCUGGUACCUCGCCGCCGCGCGCAACUUCAUCGUCGCUGAGAUCGACGCGCGGGGCUCGGGCGGACAGGGUGAAGAAUUACGCACGGAAAUUUAUCAAAAACUGCUAUCAGUGGAUGUAGAAGAUCAAAUAGCUGUUUUAUCGUAUUUGCGCGACAACCUGAAGAUGGUGGACGGGUUGCGCGUGGGCGCGUGGGGCGCGGGGUACGGCGCGGCGGCGGCGCACGCGCUGGCGGCCGGCGACGCGCGCAACCUCACGCGCUGCCUCGCGCUGCUGGCGCCGCUCGCCGACCUGCGCCGGCACAACUCGUACUGGACGGAGCGGUACGGCGGGCCGGGCGGCGGGCUGGCGGCGGGCGCGGUGUGGCGGCGGGCCGGCAACCUGCCGCCGCGGCGCGUGCUGCUGGCGCACGCGGGCGCCGACACGCGCGCGCCGCCGCACCACGCGCUCGCGCUCGCGCACGCGCUCGUCCGCGCGCAGGCGCUCUACACGCACCACAUAUACCCAGACGAAGGUCACAACUUUGAGAAAUCAUCUCUCCACCUACACAGAACAAUGGAACAAUUCUUCGACGAGUGCUUCGGGCCAGUAGAAGUAGCUGACUGGGACGCGGGGGUCGAGGGUUUGUUCCCGUUUAGGGACUGAAUGUUAAUAAGACAAGCGUGUACCGAGCACACGUGUCAGAAGUGAAACUUUUUUGGCAAGAUUCAAAGAUAACAAAAUCGUCGCCUCACUCCAUGACGUGACGGUAUUGCCAUGACGUGACCAUGAAAUUUAAGCGCCUAAAAAAGUUUCACUUCAAAAAUAUUUUGUGACGCAAUAAAUUUUGUUAAAAAAAUGGACGCAAUAAUUUUGUUUGUUUUGGAAAUAAAAAUACCUUACCUAAUCAUACAAAAAUGAAGUGAUUCUUAGACGCGAAGUAAAUAAAAUUAAAAACUUACGAUUUCUAGUCACAAACUGACACACACACCCAAACAUGUAAUAAGUAUCCAUAAAUUAACUACUAAAUACAAUAACCCCGUAAAAUUAAAUUUUAUUUACUUUUUAAAUAAAUAUUCCCGGUUCAAAAAUGAACAAAACGUAGCACGAAAACGAGAAAAAAUAGAUAUUAUGCUAUUCCCAAAGCAAUAAUAAUUAAAUUCGAAAAUUAUUACGCAAGAAAAUACUUACUCUCUAGUAGCAAACUAAUGAAAACUGUGAAAACUGAACAAGUAAAUAUAAUAUUCCCAAUGCAAUAAAAAUUAAUAACAAAUUGCACUGCAUUGGAUACCAAGAUGUACAUUUUAUUCAUUAAUAUUCCAUCAGCUCAAAACUCGAUAAAACAUUGGAAACAAUUGCAGACGAAGGACGACAGACUUGAAUUUGAUUUUAAUAUAAUUUCAUUGCGUACAUAAUUAGACGUUCAUUUAAACUUACUAAUUUUAGUAAUUUACCGAAACACUAAUAAUACCUGAAUCUAAUAUUUUUCAUAGUCCACAGAUUAAGAUAACUCUGAAUAAAGCUACUUUUUACCUAAUUUAAAAAUUAUCAAAAAUGAUAUUAAAAUAAACUCAAUAUUUAUAAGAAUGAACAGUAUUUGCAGAUGGUAUGUUUGUCAUUGUUGUAGUUUGUCAUAGAGAAUUACAAAUAUAUUGAGAAUAUAAAUAUCUUCGAUAUUUAAUCCAAGAGUAUUUUGUGAUCACUGCACCAGACUCAUUUACAAUAUUAUAAUAGAUUAUUAUUAAAUAAUGGUGCAUAUUUAUAAUAUUUGUUAUACAUAAGCCUAAAUACAUAUUUUAUUAGAUAAAUUAAUUGUAAAACAAUUGAGAUGUGGAUUUGAUGUUUUACCUUGAUGUAUUAUUGUUAGAUAAAAAUAUAAGCUAUAGUUUGCGAAAAAUGUAUUUUAUUAUUGUUAUUUAAAAGAUUUCGAGUACUUCAUUUUUGUCGAAAAACGUCAGUUUUUCGUUGAAACUAUUUCUGUAUUUAGUAUUUACUAGACAUAUUAAAAUAACUACAUAGUAUAAAACAAAGUCGCUUUCUCUGUCCCUAUGUCUCUUUUUAGCUUAAAUCUUUAAAACUACGCAACGGAUGUUGA